UCGACCAAGUCAGGGUAAGUAAGAACAAAUCCUAAAGGCCAUCAUGUACUUGCAGUUGGCGCAAUUCGAGAUCGUGUCUACCUCGUGCAGGAUUGCGAGGACAUCCUCCUUCCCAAGGGCGAGGUGUGGCCGUUCCUCCUCCGCUUCCCGAUCGGGUGCUUCGGUAUGUGUCUCGGCCUCGGUAGCCAGGCAUUCCUGUGGAGAGCCCUCGCGUCGAGCCCGGCCAUGGCGUUCCUCCAUGUGACCCCUGACAUCAACCUCGUCUGCUGGCUUCUCGCGCUUGUAGUCUUCGUCUUCGUCUCCAUCACCUACAUCCUCAAGUGCGUCUUCUACUUCGAGGCCAUAUGCCGUGAGUACUACCACCCCGUCCGAGUCAACUUCUUCUUCGCGCCGUGGAUCGCCUGCAUGUUCCUGGCUAUCGGUGCCCCGGCCAGGCUUGCGCCGAAACAGCCCCACCCGGCCAUCUGGUGCACCUUAAUCGCACCCGUCUUCGUCCUGGAGCUAAAGAUCUACGGGCAAUGGCUGUCGGGGGGUAAGCGCCGGCUGUGCAAGGUGGCCAAUCCAUCGUGCCACCUCUCGGUGGUCGGCAACUUCGUCGGCGCGAUCCUGGCGGCCAAGGUAGGGUGGGAGGAGGCCGGCAAGCUCCUAUGGGCGGUCGGGCUAGCGCACUACCUCUGCUUGUUCGUUACCCUGUAUCAGCGGCUGCCGACCACCCAGGCGUUGCCCAAGGAGCUGCACCCCGUGUACUCCAUGUUUAUUGCGACGCCGGCGGCGGCAAGCAUCGCGUGGAGUGCCAUUUACGGGAAGUUCGACGCCGUGGCGAGGACCUUCUACUUCAUCGCCCUCUUCCUCUACUGCUCCCUCAUCGUGCGCAUCAACUUCUUCAGAGGAUUCAAGUAAACAACUCCCCAAGCGAACACAAGAAUCCUUCUCUCGUAAGCUCAUAAUCGGCAGUUUUUGAA